AUGACCUUCAGCAUGCACGAGGGAGACACAGCCAUGUUUGCUGCAGCAGAGGAGAAAGCUCCAGCUCAAGGUCGAUUUUUCUUCUGUCCCGGUGACUGGGUCCGAUACAAGAGCAGCUGCUUUUUGUACGUGAACACCAACUACUCCUGGGACAUUGCAGAGGAUCACUGCGCCUACCUGGGAGCUGCCUUGGCGUCGGCCCAUGACAUGUUUGAUUACUCCUUCCUCCAGUCUCUGGCCCUAGAGGCCGGUGGCUCCACGGCGUGGGUUGGAGGAUUCUACUUUGAGAGGUGGAGGUGGGUGGACCACAGCCGCUUCGUUGAGUUCAACUGGGACUCGUACAACCCUCUCUACGACAACAAGUGCAUGUACCUGCAGUCCACAGUGGGCUGGGCCAACGGGUCAUGUGACACCAAACGGCCGUACAUCUGCAUGAGGAGAACCGACACAUGCUGA